CACAAGCUCUGAUCUCCGGCGGGGUGGGAGUACUGGAGAGAGAGACAGCUCGGAGGUGAAGUGCUGUCUCUUACUACUAGUCACUGCGCGGGACAAUGUUAGCUGACAAGUCGUCGCGUCAAUUACAGCCGUCGCAGCCUGACUUCGCGAUGACUACUCUGGUUAAUUAAAAGGACUCGACUGGACGGUGGGCCAUACUAUACCGGUCUUCUGAGCCACGUCCAAGCUCUAAGAGGAAAACAUUUGGCAAACACAAGCCCCUGGUUAUCCGUAAGACAUUUCACACCGAAAUGUCAAGAUGACGUUGGAUCAAACAAGAGCAAAUUUCGCAGUGCGAUUGGUUUCCGCGGAAUAUUAUCAGGCUAUUCCGAUACCCUCCUUGGAUCCCGUUUAUUCGGAAUAUCGCGGUGCCGAGAUCAAACAUGUACCUAUUGUCAGAGUAUUUGGAUCGACUCUGAAUGGAGUGAAGACAUGUUUACAUGUGCACGGAGUGUUUCCAUAUUUUUAUGUGCCGCACACAGGAGGUGAUGACAGCGACAGGCUUGGCUAUCGUUUGGCAGCAUCUUUGGACGCUGCUAUAAAUGUUUCCCUGGGAUCUGCAUCUUCUCGGAAUCAACAUGUAUUCAAAGUUCAACUUAUAUCCGGCAUGCCACUCUACGGUUAUCACGAAAAGGAACACCAGUACUUCAAGGUCUAUUUCUAUAAUCCCACAAUGGUCAAAAGAGCAGCUAAUCUAUUACAGAAUGGUGCUGUAUUUAGUGAUCGCCUCCAGCCACACGAAGCACACAUCCCAUAUGUCCAACAGUUUAUGAUAGAUUACAAUUUACACGGCAUGAGCAUGAUAGAGCUGCGUCACGUCAGAUAUCGGUUGCCAAUUAGAGCAGCAUCUGGAACAUACUCUGAAAAUUGCUCUGAGGCCACUUCUCCAUUCACCAACGAGCUGGAUUACAUGCCGCAUGAAAUCACACCACAAAGUACAUGCAAGUUCGAAGUAGAUACCUUGGCUUCAGAUAUUCUGAAUCGAGUAGAAAUUGAGGGGGAGCUGGCGCUUAAUCCGGGAUUGAUGGCUAUAUGGGAGGAAGAAAAAGCAAGACGGGUGCAACUGGGUCUUAGCGGCGGUGAUUCUCAGCUUGUCCAACCACAGAGCCCGACCAGACCAGUUUUCAAAGCCACUGAAAAUGACAUAUACCAACAACAAAGACUAGCUCAAAGAUUAUUGACACUUUCACAGAUGGACAAUAGCUCAAUAACAGAAAGUGGAAGAAAUCAGAGUUCAUAUCCUCUCGAAACAAAUGCGGAUAGUAAUUUACUGAGUGCUUCUUAUCUUGAGCACCACGUGGGGCCGCGUAGUAGAAGUAUCGACGAAGAGUUGUCUAAGCGUCGAAGCGAACUAGUUUUUGAUGACCUACCAUUGGGCUCAGGGUCACUAGCGUCAUUAACAGAGACUUUUACCCCAUCCGCUGACUGUAGUGUACUGGAUCCCACAGAUGUCCCCUUGUUGGAUAUAUUGAAUGAGUUGGCGGAUGAAAAUAUCCCUGGCUUAAAGGUGGAUGACGACAGUCUGCUGGGUUCACAACAUACAAUCAAUGAAAAUCAUGGGAACAAUGAUUGCUCAGACGAAGACAAAGAAGAUGACAAUAACGACUUGAAUCUAACGUUGUUGCAGUUAGAUUCAUUGAGUUGGUCACAAGGUGAUGAGUGUUUGCAAAAAUCACCAAAUUCAAAAACAGAUAAGGACAUGUCUGACAAGUCGUCCACGUUCGAUUAUCUUCGUGAUUUGUCAGUAUUUGAUGUUGAUACUGACAAUAAUUCGGAUACUGGUUCAACUUGUGACAAUACAAUUCCUCAGUGUGACGGACCUGCAGAUUUCAGUUCGGAGGAUUCGGACUUUGAACAGGACGUUACGCUGCAAAGACAAGAGAAACGUAUUUGCGACUAUAAAUCUAAAGGUCGUAGCAAUCAAGAAAAACUUGUGAACGUUACUCCUAGCAAACGAAGAAAUGAGAUUUGUGAAACCCCGAGAUCACCUGCAAAAAGUAGAAAACUGAGUCUUCUAUCAUCCCCAAGGAAUCAAUUGCCAAAGGGCUCACCAAUGCUAAACAGCCCAGGAGGUCGUCCAUCCCGGAGUUACUCUCCGCUUAGUAUAAUUUUUACCUCUUCUCGCAACUUGACAAAAGUUCGACAGGUAAAUCUUAUGGCAACUAUUGAUGGAAACAAGUGUAGCAAUCAAAUGCAAGAAGUGCAGCAACUGAAGAUUCCUGAAGUAAUGAUGAAUGUGAGUGAAAACCAGAGAGAACAUUGUCAUUCAAGCUGUGGUACAGACCAAGAAGAUAUUUGCAAUGUAACGUUUACACAGUACUUGGACACACAGCGGAAACGAAAUGCCAGAUUGAUUUCAAGAUGUGAAAGUAUUGUUGAAGACACGAUAAGAACUGGCAAGGAAGUUAUUAUCGUGCCUAAAUUCAAUCCUCCAAAGUUCGACAAUAUUGUUAAAACAAUGGAGACUUAUGGUAUACCUGUAUGCAGGAAUAAAGAUCCAUUCUUUAGCAAUUAUAUGGAUGUGACCAAUCGUAAGGAAGUCGCUCACAAAAUACUUAAAGUACCAAGCAAAAGAGUUGUUGACCUGCCACAAUUUGGACCAAAUUUAGAAGGUGUCACCAGCAUCAGAUUCUGGCGAGCAAUGAAAGUCGAAGAGGUUUAUCCUUCCGGAGCCAAUAUUGAAAAAUCCAAAGUCAGGCAAAACCUUGCUAGUCAAAAUAAAACUGUGAUCGUACCACUGGCCACGGCUCCACUGCCGCAAAGAGUAAAAAUAUGGUCAAGAGGAAAAGAAUACUUGAAAAAAACAUCGGUAACUAAAGAUUUCAGUGACAGUGGAACCAAACUUGCUGUUGAACAUUGUUAUCACUCUGCAUCAUCAAAACACGACAAACACUCCACGUCUCAAGAAAGAAUGACGAAUGCCGCGAACCAGAAUAAUUACCAGCCGAAUAAAAAAGGAAAAGAUGUGACUGGGAUGGAUGCUUCUUUGCCGACUCAUGAUGUCGAGUUAUCCAGACUACUUGGUAUCUCUUGUGGUCAAAUUGAAAGUUCCUCACAGACAGACCAUUUUAAAAUACCAUGUGAAAAUUUACAAGAUAUCAAACCACUCACUUCCCAUCAAUUCUUGACAGUACUUUGCUUGGAGGUCCAUGUAGCUACUCGCGGAGAUCUUUUACCUGAUCCCCAACAUGAUCCAAUUCGAGCAAUAUUCUAUGCCAUUCACAAUGACGCACCUGCUGCAUCAGAUUUUACGUCUACUGAUAAAGGUGUUCUGGUGAGCGAUCCAUCAUACGACCCUUCAAAAUCAUCAGAGUACCUUAAAAAGUCUGGGGUAAUGCAUUCAGUUUCUUAUGCACUCAGCGAAGAAGGUCUUUUCGAGAAUCUUUUGACUGUUGUCAAGAAAACUGACCCAGAUAUUCUAGUUGGAUGGGAACUGGAAUCUUUGUCGUGGGGAUACUUAUUCCAGAGGGCGGCGAAUAUUGGCAUCAAUUUAGCACCGAAGGUCUCCAGAAUUCCUGGCAUCCAACGUGCAUGGGAGCCACAAACGACCGAGUUGAGCAUCUUGACGGAAAUAAAAAUGCCAGGCCGUAUUGUGCUAGAUGUUUGGAGAAUCAUGAGACAUGAAAUAGCUUUGCAGAGUUAUACGUUUGAGAACAUAAUGUAUCACGUGAUGCAUCAGAGACUGAGCCGUCCAUCGUUUGCAACAUUGACGCAGUGGUGGGAGCAUCGGACAAUCAAAGCACGAUCUCUUGUUGUUGACCAUUACAUCACUAAGGUGGUGGGCAUAUUGAAAAUUAUCGAGCAACUCGAUAUCAUUGGCAAAACCACCGAAUUCGCACGCCUUUAUGGGAUACAGUUUUUCGAAGUCUUUUCGCGUGGUUCGCAGUUUCAAGUCGAGUCCGUCAUGCUAAGAUUGGCAAAGCCGUCCAACUAUGUACCGGUAUCUCCAUCUCCGCAACAACGAGCUACCAUGCGUGCACCCGAAUCCCUGCCACUUAUAAUGGAACCAGAAUCUGUAUUUUACAGCGACCCAUUGAUCGUACUGGACUUUCAAAGUCUUUACCCUAGCAUCAUCAUUGCUCACAACUACUGCUUUUCAACAUGCCUCGGACGUAUUGAAAACAUUGGCCAGUCUGAACCCUUUGAAUUUGGUGCAACAACAUUGAAAGUAACUAAGCGCACAAUUCAGAAAUUGGGUAAGAAUAUAAACUUUUCACCCAGUGGCGUUGCUUUCGUCAAGCCAGAAAUUCGAACGGGAAUACUUCCUCGAAUGCUGACCGAAUACCUGGACACUAGAUUAAUGGUGAAAAAAGCCAUGAAGGAUCACUCACAAACCGCUCACACACUCCAAAGAGCUCUUAAUUCUAGACAACGUGGAUUGAAAUUGCUUGCUAAUGUAACGUUUGGAUACACACAUGCUAACUUUAGCGGACGGAUGCCUUGUAUCGAGAUCGGUGACAGCAUCGUCAGCAAGGCGAGGGAAACCCUAGAGCGUGCAAUAAAAUUGGUAGAAUCUACAAAGCGAUGGAAUGCCCGUGUCGUAUAUGGUGAUACCGAUUCUUUGUUCGUGCUAUUGCCGGGCAGAUCACGAAGAGAAGCAUUUGAGGUGGGAGCUCAAAUUGCAAGUGCUGUUACCUUGGAAAAUCCGAAACCAAUGAAACUGAAACUGGAAAAAAUCAUGCAGCCGUCGAUAUUGCAGACAAAAAAGCGAUAUUGUGGAUAUAUGUACGAAAGUCCGGACCAAGAGAAACCGAUUUACUUAGCGAAAGGCAUAGAAACUGUUCGCAGAGAUGGUUGUCCAGCAGUUUCCAAGAUAUUGGAGAAAAGUCUGAGAAUUCUAUUUGACACACGAGAUGUAUCACAAGUAAAAAGCUAUGUGAUACGACAAUUAGACAAGAUCCUUUGUGGCAGAGUAUCCAUUCAAGACCUAACGUUUGCCAAAGAAUUUCGUGGCUUGCAGGGAUACAAGUCAAGCGCGUGCGUGCCAGCCUUAGAGCUGACCAGAAGACUCACGAUAAAAGAUCCUCGUGCGAUUCCACGCACCAGCGAACGUGUACCCUACAUUAUUGUUGCCGGUGCACCGAAUCAGCCCUUAUUUCAAUGUGUACGCUCCCCAUGGGAGUUGAUCACGGACACAGGAUUGCGACCCAAUGCUCUGUACUACAUAACGCGAGUGAUCAUACCACCACUAAAUCGAUGCUUCAAUCUUCUUGGCGUUGACGUCAACGCAUGGUUUGAGGAGAUGCCACACCGUCGAACGAUAUAUAGCAAUCCUGGUGGCACGUUGAAAGGAGAAGCGCAGAAGUCGACAAUUUCACAGUAUUUUGGAACAAUGGCUUGCGCGGCGUGUGGACGUCCUUCUACCACAGGAAUUUGCACAGAGUGUUCUGGAAUACCAAAUCAGACAAUCGUUAUCCUCCAUGAUAAGAUACGCCAGCUGGAAAGAUCCCGCUGCAUCAUCACAGCGAUUUGCCAGUCGUGUGUCGGGAGAGCUAACUACAUUGAGUGCGCGUCAUUAGAUUGUCCAACUUUGUAUCGUCGGGUCCUAUCAAUCAAGGAUCAAUAUCAAAUUUCUAACGUGCGGGAAAUCGUUGAGAAAGGAAACAGUCUACAACUUUAAUUAGUUGAGCUCCAUUGAUUAUCAGGAUUAACUUCGACUACAGCAUAUUUAGAAAGCGUCGCAUUCUUGUGUUUCUGUAGAAAGUGUUCUUAGCCAGAAAACAUUUGGCAUAUCGGUAUCGAUAUAUAUUUUUUACCAAUAAAAUACCUACGAAAAAAAUCUGACAUUGAGUUGUUAAAUGCAGAUAUUUAAUGUUAAUAUGCAAUUACUAAAAUGAAGGAGAUAUUAAAGAUAUAACGCCAUAAAAUUUUUGUACUAAAAAGUUGUUUUAUUUACUUUGCUUAUUUCUAGAUACAAGAUUGUUCGAGAUCGCCUUUGCAUCACUAAUGCGAAUGCAGGCCUAUAUUACACGUAUUUAUAGUGCUGUUCGUGUGUGUAUGAGCACUGUACAAUACAGUCGACACACAAGCUUGGAAUAAAAUACAGUAGUAAACAUCGUUCAGCGACAGUUUCAUAUUUAUUGUAGUUAUCAAACAAGUGGAUUAUAGUUCGACGAAGUUCGCAACACAACACUGAUAAUAUCAUACUUUUUGUCUCUGGUUAUCCGCGAAGUAUCCAUGUGCAUCGUAAAUAAAAAUCGUCAAUUGUUCGGUGAUCGCGACUUCAUUUAAAUACAGAAAAUAUUUUAUAUCACCAAAAAGAAUCUCAAUUCAACAACUUGCGAAUAUCACUGUGCAGUGCAAGAUGAUGUCGUUGUCAGUACAAUGGCAGCGGCAACAGUCAUUGGAUUUGUCGUUUUUUGAAAAUGCGGGAGCAUACCGCGGCAGGUUAAUACGUUAACACAUGCUGAACAGCAGGUUCGAGGUAUUGUGGAUAGGUAGGUAUUCACUGGAGUGGUCCGUCG